AUGGAAGUUGAACUCAUUUCCAAAGAAAUCAUAAAACCAUCUUCAUCAACACCUCCUCACCUACGAACCUUGAGACUCUCUCUCCUUGAUCAAAAUGCUGGCCUAUGUCAUACACCAGUCAUCCUAUACUAUCCCAAGAGGGAUGCAAAUUUCAACGUCAAUGAGAAAUUGAUUAAUCAACUCAAGGACUCACUCUCAGAAACACUCGCUCUCUUCUACCUGCUUUUAGGAAGAGUCAAAGACCGCCUCACCAUCGGCUGCAACGAUGAGGGGAUCCUCUUCUCAACUGCUCGUGUCAAUUGUGACAUGGCCGAGCUACUUACUGCACAAUCACCCAAUCUUCAGUCUUUAGGCUACCUUCUAUUGGAACAAUCUUAUGUAUACAAUAAAUAA